CCACAACACCAGCUUCCCACCUACCACACCACAACUUCCCAACCACUACAAUGUCAUACACCACCGACCCCCCAUCUUCCGGGGAUCCCCCCGCCGUGUUCAAAGACCCCAACGACCCGUUCUCGCGCUUCCACCCACUAAGAGUGAACCCGAAGCUCUUCAAACGCCCGGAUCCAAUAACCCUCUACCUAGGCUUCGGUGGCCAAAGCGUAUGGAACAGCCUGGUAACCAUAAACGUGAUCCGCACACUGGAACAACACCAACGGAUCGCGCACCGGCCGCUCACCCAGCCCGAAGCGGACGCCACAAUCGAGCACUGCACGGCGCGACUCUACCACAGCCGAAUCGGACAGCCGGUAGGCGUGCUCGUUGGCGCGAUCGCGUGCUACAAGGCAUCGCAGAGGACCGAUAUCUGGAAGAAGAACUUUGCGCCGGAGGCGGGCAUCCGACGGUACGAUUUGCUGAUCGCGGGGAUACAGAAAUGGGCGAGGGAGAACCCGACUACGUGGAGAAAGGAUGCUGCACGGGCGGGGAUGCAGACGGCUUUUGUUGCGUUUGUGUGUCUGUUGAUUGGGGAUGGGAUUGCGGGGGCCAGGGAUAUUAAUGAUAUGAUGAUGGAUUCUAGGUUGAAGGGGCUUUGGGCUGAGGCGAGGAGGAGGAGGGGGGAGAUGAGGGGCCUGGGUGAGGAGCAGAGUCAGUUGCCACAGCAGCAGCAGCAGCAGCAGGGUGAUGGGCUUGGGGUGCAGACUGGGUCGGAUGAGGAGGCGGCGAGGUUCGGGUCGAGUACCACGUCGUGGGGCACUGAGACGAAGAAGGUGGCUACGCCGUCUUAUGAGACGCCGAAGCCGUCGAGGGAUAAUGCUGAUGACUUCUGGGAUGAUGCUAGUCCUGUGGCUGCUGAGUAUAGGGACAAGGACCAGUCGGUGCCUGGAGAAAGUGCUUGGGAGCGCAUUCGGAAGCAGAAUAAUGUCUCGGCUCAGCGGGAGGUGCGGACGGUGUAUAAGCCUGCGUCGAGUUCCACUGCCUCUGCUCCUGCUCCUGCUCCGGCUAACGAUAAGCCCAGUGAGCGUGAGUUGGCUCAGGCAGAAUUUGACAGAAUGUUGGAGGCGGAGCGGAAGAUGUCGACGGACAGUCUGAACACUCCACAGCAGCACACUUCUGGGUGGUGGGGGAAAUGGGACUGAUUGUUUGUAUAGUGGCUUGUACAUCAUAGCGCUGACUUUAUUGUCCAUGGCAUGGACAGGUGAACUCUAAUUUCGACUUUCCCCUCUGCCAGUUUAUUACUUGUCUUUGACCGAUAGUUGUCCGGUGCCAGUUGGAUACAGCUACAUGUUUCCUG